AUGCAAGGAUCUUCAAGAUCCUUAUACAAGGCACUUUCGUCUUUAUUCGAGAGUUCUGGAGGGGGAAAUGAUAAUUUAUCGUCGGAAGACACUUCAGAAUCAUUUAGAGCCAUAACACUUUAUCUUGAGAAACAUAAUACUUCCCAAAGUAUAAAACAAACAAGUAGUGUUCAUGAAGAGCUUUUGAGGCUAUAUACGAAAUACGUUCAAGAAUCUACUAAUAUUGAAUUAAAUAUCUUAUUUUUGGAGGUUUUACAACAAAUUGCGCCAGUUUUAGACAAAGAUGAUGUUCGAUUCUGGUUAAAGACCUAUUUGAGUCCUGCGGUAGAUAGUGCUGGAUUCGACUUGAAUUUCGUGAAAAAGGCAAGAGAGUACAUUAAAGCUUUGGCAAUAAAUUCCAUGCAAACUGAUGAUCCUAUUCUACAAGAAGAGCGGGAUGGUAUUGCAGUAAUGGUGAUGGAGUAUGUUUUGCAAAUAUAUUUAGGAGGACAUGAUAAGAACUACGAGAUCAUCAAUCUAUACCCAACGGAUGAAGAGAAGAAAUCACAGGUUUUCUGGGAAAGAAUAAGAUUUAUCAAACUAAAUUGUGAAGAUCUUCUCUACGAGUUUGCCUUAAAAAAAACCAUUGCAUAUUUUGAACUUCUCAAUAAAUACUUUUCAAAUCCUAAUGAGAGAAUCCAAAUCAUUACAUUAUUAUCGCAUGUGCUUGUAUCACACAACUCACAAUCAUACCAAAUUGUUAAUACUAAUUUCUAUUCAAGUCUAUUAAAAUGUUUAAUGUACGACUUUGAUAAGAGUUUGGUGCUAGUUGCCUUAUCGCUGUUGGUUCUUUUGAUCCCACAGAUUCAUCGCCAUGUCGCAGAUGCUUUGCCCGAUUAUUUUACAUUGUAUAUGAGAUUGGCGAGUUGGGAUUACUUAGACCAUACUUUGCCAAACCGUGUGGAGAACUAUUCUAAUUUUCUUAAAGAAGAAGGUAUUAAAUGGAAUCAGGCUCUCCCAGAACAAGAAUCCCAGGAUCAUCCACUUUUUCAAAACUCGAAAGUCGAAUUGGAUGUUCUGUAUCUCGUAACCUUACUAUAUGGGUUGUUUCCAAUAAAUUUCAUGAGAUUUUCAGAAUCUCCGCUUCAAUACUUAAUCAAUCAUAAACCAAAAUUUACUAAUUCCGAUUUUUUGGUUAAGCUUAGUCGUAUGUCGGAGGAUCUUGAUCCCCGGGAAGUAAGCUAUCCAAUGCUUGUACGAGAGAAGACAAACAGAUUCUUGAGAAGUUUCAUUUUGCAUCCCUCAAUUAUAAAAGGAAAAACUUCGAUUGAAAAUGAGCUAAAAAAUCCACUCGCAUGGUUACUUGAAGAAAGCAAUGGAGACUCACUCGGUAUAGAGAAAAUUUCUUUGGGUUGCUUAUCACUUAAUCCCAAUAUUAUGGUUAGCAUUCCUGAUUAUUUGACUGAUUUGAAUCUUGACACCAAAAUUUUGGGUCAUGAUAGUAAUCUCUCAGGCUUCGUCUUUAAUGGAGUCGGUGGCUCGAACGAAAAUUCGCAGCCCAGCUCACAGCAUGUAUCGAGGACUUCUUCCUUGGGGAGCCCCUUAAUGAGUUUUAAAGAUUCUUUCGUAAAAAGUUUGUUGCCGAAAGAAGUUCAAAACAUAAAUAGAAAACUAUCAGUCGUUCCAACUGAUUUAUAUCUUGAAAGCUCUGCACCUCGCCUGGAAAUCAAGUUUAAGGAAGUUGCGUUUGAUAAAGAACGGUUAAAAAAAGACGAUACAGGGCUAUUGAACAUCGACACUAAUAGCCAAUUGAAGGGCCCGGAUGCUUCUGCAACCUCAUCGCCUCAUUUAAUACCUUCAGCCUUAGGAUCAACUGAACAUCUCAAUGACUUGUUUCAAACUCAUGAAAAGUUGUAUGUCCCUUCCGUCAAAUUACGUGAGUCUGUGAACGACGCAGAUCAGACUUCAACCAGAACCUCGGUUUCGACUCAGGUUAAUGAAAAACAUAAAAGCGAAUUACAUAUACAGAAGCCCGUUUCUUCGCCUACUAUUUCGUUAGAAACCGCCGUGGUGCAUCAAAAUUCUUUAAAUUCUUCCUUGGGGAGCUCAAAUUCUAAUGCCAUUGCAAGUGCAAUGCAAUCGAAGGAAAUGAAAGGCUCUGAGAUUGAUUUCUAUCAACGUGAGUUGCUAUUAAUGAAAAACGAACUAGAAUUCAGAAGUUACUUGAAACAUUUGAAUAAGUUUAAUUACCUCACAGCAAAAAUAAAGCUUAAUAGGCUUGCAAAGGAGAAGGAAUUACACGAAUUUAACGAGAUGAAAUCCAACUAUGUAUCAAAGAAAGAAUAUGAUUCUGUUGUCGAGUCUUUAAGAUUGGUUGAGCUCGAACAUGAUCAAAAGCUUUCGAGCAUGCAUGACAAGGACGAAUUAGUCCUUGAUAAGCUAAGACAAGUUCUAAUUGAGAAGCAAAAAAUCUCUUCACAACUAGAGCUCAAGAAUACUGAACUACAGUCCAAGGUUUCGGAUUUGAAUUACCUCAACAAAAUGUUAUCAGAAAGGGAUUUCGAAAUUAAUCAGUUGAAAACCAAAGCAGCUAUGUUCGAGAAUACUAACAGACUGUCUACUACAAAGCCAACUGAUAAUACUAGUUCAAAUUUGCUGGCUUCUGAAAACUCCACUCAACAAAUCAGGUGUGAAGAGGGCCCCAACGCGGAAGAACAGGCGAUGCAUAGCAUGAAAAAUGAAAUAUUGAUCUUAACUGAGUGCAACCUGGAUCUUUCGAAAGAUCUUACCGAAUCGCGUGCAUUAUUAGACUCGUCUAUAAAGUCGUAUGAAUCAAAAAUUGAUGUCCUAAGACAGGAGCUUGGUGAGAGGGCUAAGGCUCUAACUUUGAAUUACGAACAAAGGAUUCAAGAACUAACUGCCACCGUUCGCAAGUAUGAAGGAUUUUUGGAAGAAAAGAAUGCUAGAAUUGUCCAGAUUUCUAUGUCUCAGCCUGUAGCAAUUCCAACUCCGACGCCACUUCUUAGUAUCCAUAGCAAUGGGAACAGCAAUGAGAAUUCCAACAAUAACAGCAGUAAUAACAAUAAUAAUUACAACAAUCGGCUCAACACCUCAAUGUCAUCUUCUCGGAGCUCAAGCCUUUCUCCAAGUAAUGUUACUAGCCCAAAGCAGCAGCAUACAAGCCCUUAUCUUCAGUCACCGCCUCCCCAGAGACCUUCCAUUCCGCCCAAUACUCAGCCUAUUAUCAAAGGAAGAGGUGGUUAUCAAAAGAGAUCAAAGAAAUUUAUGUAA